UUUUUUGAGGAAGAUGAGAAGAGUGUUGUAAGAGUGGACCGUGCAUAGCACACGAAAAUAAUGCGAUUACCACGAAAAGGUUAUCCAUUAGGAGGUCUUGGACAGAAGCAAGGCGGUGGAGUUGUCAUCACCGGUGUGGAAGGAGGUGGGAACGCAGCAAAAGCUGGGCUUAAAUCUGGAGAUCAAGUUCUGUACACAAGCAGCUUCUUUGGAGAUGAGCUUUGGCCUGCUGAUAAGUUGCGCUUCACUAAAACCGCUAUUCAGGCCAAACCUGAUUCUGUCUACUUUGUUGUCAGCAGAGGCGCAGAAGUUGAUGUCAAGAAACUAAAUAAGCGUUCGGCUCCUCCACGGUUUGGAAGAAAGUUAACCGAGACUCAGAAGGCAAGAGCUACUCACAUUUGUCUUGAUUGUGGAUUCAUAUACACUUUACCCAAACCUUUUGAUGAACAGCCGGAAACAUAUGUGUGUCCUCAAUGUAUUGCACCAAAGAAAAGGUUUGCGAGGUAUGACGUGAACACAGGGAAGGCCAUUGGAGGAGGACUGCCUCCCAUCGGUGUUAUUGUUGGCUUAUUAGCCGGUCUUGGUGCUGUUGGGGCUUUGCUUGUGUAUGGUAGUCUUCAGUGACGUUUCUAUAAUCUGUCUAUCAAACAAGUAGCUUUGUGAUUAUAAACCGAGAAUGAAUGUUAUGACGUCAAUUUGAUAAUUUAAUUUAAUUUCAGAUAA